AUGGCGGGUGAUUAUAUUACACCUAAUGAUCCCACUUUCACCCAAGUACAUGAUAAAUUGAAACAACCAAGAUUUUGGCCCCAUUUCAAAGAUGCCAUUGAAGCGAUAGAUGGAACACAUAUUCCUGUCCAAGUUGCCGAGAAGGACAAGAUAAAAUACACUAACAGAAAAGGUUUUACAAGUCAGAAUGUCCUUGCAAUAUGCGAUUUUGACAUGAGGUUCACAUUUGCUGUUCCUGGAUGGCCUGGGUCUGUUCAUGAUACCCGUGUAUGGACUGAUGCUCGGCCUAGGUUCCACAAUUAUCCGCACCCUCCUUAUGGAAAAUACUAUCUUGUUGAUUCUGGAUACCCAAACAGAACCGGUUAUCUUGCUCCUUUCAAAGAGCAGCGGUAUCAUGUUCCAGAUUUCCAAGGUGCGCCUCCGCAAAACAUGCAAGAGAAAUUCAACCAUCUUCAUUCGUCUCUACGAAAUGCCAUUGAAAGAGCAUUUGGCGUUCUAAAGUUGAAGUGGCGCAUUCUGCUUUCUAUACCACAUUACCACGACCCUCUGACACAAACAAAGAUCAUCACUGCAUGCAUGUGUUUGCACAACUUCAUCCGAGAUAGCAAGCUAUAUGACGACCAUUUUGACAGGAUGGAGAGAAGCUCAUAUAUCUACGAGGAAGUAUUGCUGAAAGUGUGGUUGCUUGAGUGGUUAUUAUUGUAG